UCCCGGGAGCUUGUCCCUGGGUUGUUUGGCAGGGCGCCCCGGGGGCUUCUCCGUGCGGCUGCGGCCGUCCGCAGUGGGGCCUGCAGCGUGCCCUAGUUCCUGCUUCUGCCGAGCACCCGUGCCUCCGGCAGCCUCCCGCGGCACCCGCGGCCGAAGCUUCUGCCCGCGGUGAGCCCGGCUCCUCCGCAGGGGCGCCAUGAGCGCGACGGACUCCCCUCGCUCCAGAAGGCUGGCAACCCCCCAUGUCUCAUCCAGAUAUGCUAGUUCUCAGUCUCCAGGUCAGGAGGACUUUACUCCUCUCCCUUCAAUCAAUGAGCGCUUGGCCUUUCUCCGUCCCUCCCGGGAGCUGCUGGAAUACUACCGCAAGAAGAUUGCUGACUUUGAUGAGGAACAUGAGGAUUUGGUAAAAAGGCUGGAGAGAUACAAAGAAACGUAUGAUGAGCAGCACAAAUUGCAAUGGGAGGUUCAUCAGCGAGAAGAGGAGAUUGUGGAGUUGCAAAAGGCUUUGAGUGAUAUGCAAGUCUACCUCUUCCAGGAGAGGGAGCAUGUCCUUCGUCUUUACUCAGAGAAUGACCGGCUGAAAAUCAGGGAACUGGAGGAUAGAAAAAAAAUUCAACAUCUCCUGGCUUUAAUGGGAACAGACAAAGGAGAAGUUACGUAUUUUCACACGGAACCUCCACAUAAGGUUACUGUUCUGCAAAGGCCAGCUAAAUCCAGAGAGUCACAUGAACAAAAUGAUACUACUAGAACAGUAGCCACCAAGAGGAGCACUUCAAAACCAUCAGUAAAAGGAAAGAAACCAGAAAGUCCUGAGAGAUAUCAGAGAGAUAAUCAAGCACUUCUACUUCAGGUGGAGGCCCUGCAAGCUCAGAUAGAAGAACAGACACGAUUAUCCAAGGAACAGGUUGAAGCACUACUAGAGGACAGGCGGAUUCACAUGGAGGAAGCCCAAGUCCAGCAUCAGAGGGACAAGGACAAGAUCAAAACUAUAACAGAUAAACUCCAUAAGACCCAAAAUCUCUUAUAUGAGAGUACCCGUGACUUUCUCCAGCUCAAGUUUGAUGCCCGAGCCAAUGAGAAAGCAUGGAUGGCAGAGAAGGACAGUCUGAUGAGGAAACUUGACAAAGAUAUGGAUCAGCUUAUUAUCAGCAGGGAGCCAGGAAGAGAGAAGAAGCAGAGAGAUACCAAGAAGAUGCUUCAAGCAGAUAAUGGAGCUUGGAAGCCCCACAGCAGAGAAAUAAAGUCACUGCAAGAACAGCUACAGCAGGAACAGCGCCUGUCAAGCAUGUAUAGAGAGCAGUGUGUCACCCUGGAAGGUGAGCUGGCUAGGAUUUGUGAGGAGAGAGAUGUUGGCAGAGAACUCUUUAAGGCACGCUCAGAAAAGAUGGGGAAGCGGCUGAAGCUGAUGACUCAGCGAUAUGAGGCCUUAGAAAAACGUCGUAAUAUGGAAGUGGAAGGCUUUAAGAAUGACAUUAAACAGCUUCGGCAGAAGCUGAAAGAUGUAGAGAAGCAGCUUUUUAAGGUGACUCUGAAUAUUGGACCAGACCAGGAUCUUGCAAUUCUACAUGAGAUCCGCCAGGGAAACAAACUAACCCGUAGAAUUCAAGGAGAACUAAAAAAUUUAAAAGCAAAAAUCUAUGGCUUAGAGAAUGAAUUACGGGUCUGCUAAAGCUGAGGUAUUAGCUGGCAUCCUAGUUUUGGGAAUGGGACAUUGAUAGGCUGGAAUUAGUCAUAUGUGAGAGCAGCUCCUGCCUGUCUGUUUCCUGGCAUCCAGUGACAGAAGACUUGAGGAAAUCUGCAGUUAAUGUUGUGAUAUUGUAUGUGAGCCAUUCCUAAUGUGCCAGAUGAUAUUGCUGUUUCAGCUGAGAGAUGGCACCUGGUAAGACUGAUAUAGAAAGUACAUGAUGACUGAUAUAUCGGGAAUAUGCUUAUGACUUCGUCUUACCUUCGUAUCUGUGGUAGGGGUCAGUGUAUUCACCUUCACCUUUAUUUGAAGCAAAUUAUAACCACAUAUAUGGUUAUAAUGAAGUUAAUAAGCACAGGAGGAUCUAGUUGAAGAUCUAAUUUGCUUGACUGACCUUUUUUUAUGUGAGAAGCAGCUUUUAAAAUGGUUUAAAUGAUUACUGGUUUGGUGCUUAGGCACUUCAGGAUGUAACUGGAAAUUUUAUUUGAAAAAGACCAUGUAUAGAAAGUAUGUACUAAAGCAUAUUAGAUCUGACUCUCCCCUUGACAGUAUAACUACUUUUAAAUGGCUUUCCUUUGCUUGUUUCUAACCUAAUUGGGACAAACCUGGCUGAUUUAAUAUGGUGGAAAAAGUAAACCUCUUACAGAACUCAUCUGCAAGAACCAGCAACAUCAACACUUGUUUUGAAUAUUUGGGGGGGAGGAAAUUACUACACUAGCAAGUGUCAUCUCAUCCCCUUCCUCCCAAUUUAUCCUAACACACAGAGGAAUCCCAUAAUAAAAGUUAUCUAAUAUCUUCCUUAACCACUACAUUAUCUGCCUUUGUAGCUUUAAACAGUAUUAUGGUUAGGUACCAACAAAUCAUGGUCAACUUUUGCUACAGCCGUUGCUGCUACUGAACCAUAACUGAAUUGGAGUGCCUAGUUCCUACAUGAUAAAUAUAACUCUAGCUAUAUGAGAAUUAUCUUCAUAACAAACAGCAGGGCAUUGCCACUAUAGAAAACAGAUGAAGUCAUGAAAAGGGUUAGGACAUGGCUUCAGCCCAGUUUAUAGCUGCGGGUUACUGUUGCUUCAGCAAAUCUUGUCCACCUUGUAGACUGAGAGCAGAACUCUGCUGGAAAAGGGAUUUCAGUGCCUCUGUCUCCUACUUACUUUUCCUACCUUGUUGAAUGUGACAGAAGUGGAAUAAUAUAUUUCUGAAGUAUAAGCCUACAGGCUACCAGCAUUUCCUUUCCCAUUGAAAAGAACUUAGUGUCUGAAAGCAGACAGUUUCUUUUGGAUGUGGUAGCAGCCAUGGAGAUCCUCAUUCAGUGUUUGGGAGAGGUAGAAGAUUUGGAGAAAGAGUGGUUUUUAUAGCACCAGUUAAAGCAACGCAGGAGGAGAAAUUCCCUUAGGAAGUCAAGGCCCAUUUCAAUUGUAUAUCCUUUUUUGUGACUGGCUUGCUGUCCCUUACGGUAUGUGUUCUUGAGGUCAAACUUGUCACAAACAGACUUUAGUGUGGGUGGCUGGCAGUCUGCACCUGGAUGCUCAACUACUACUACAAGUUAAAGAGGCUGUUUUAAAGUGUAUGCACGGAUUAGUUUAGCUGCAAAUGUGGAACUGUUCAGAACCUGAUCCAUGAACAACUUGGGUACUGACGCUAUGUGGAGAGUUGAGGAAGGUAAUUAAACAAUGCUAUCCAUCAUUUAGUCUCAGUCUUUCUUAGCAGACUAGUACUUUCUCAGGUAAGUUUAGCUAAUUAAAGUGAGUUUGUAUGUGAAAUAACAUGCUACUGAUUUGAAGAUAUCAGUUAUCACAGGUCUUGGAAGGCUGCUCCUGAAAAUUGCUACAUAAUGAAGUAUUAGCCACUUAUUCAGCAGUAUCCAUCUACUUAAAUUCAGCUGAUGUGAAGCUAGCAAAAAGGUCUCUUGAACCUAUAGAAAUAAAUGAGUUUCUGUUUAUUUUCAACUCUUCCAAGCUAAAGAAUUGCCUAUGAAAUUACAUUUUCUUCACUUGAAAGCCAUGAAGCGUGUCUGGAUAAAGACUAAGCUUUGACACUGAGGUUUGUAAGACUGGGAGGAAGUAUUGGGGGAAGAAGGAUGUAAAUGUUUAAUUUCCUGUCUUCCUUACCAGUAUUCCUUAUUACUUGAAAGACUGAAUAGAAUAAAAUUACAACAUUCCUAAUAUAUCUGCUGGUGUGUCAAAAUUCAAGUGGAACUUGAACUUUUUUUUCAGUCUGCCACUUGUCUAUGAACCAUUCUUAUUGAGGGGGUGGGUGAAGUGCAGUAGUGCUGAUCCAUAAAUCCAUUUUAUUUGUCCAAGCACAGGAAUUGCGAAGUAUUUUACAUGCUCUUUAUGUGUGAUAGUGUGAUCAUGUAAAAUGUUGUUUUCUCUUGCCAAAACACAUGUGGACCUUCAAUCCAAGAACUGCUUUAGAAAGCCAAGUGUUUUCUACCACUGACAACUACUCUUUAAGAUGUCGAGUAAAGAAUUAUUGGCAUUUCCAAAAGGAUUUCCUGGGAAAGGUUCCAAGACCCAUAUUAGUCAAUUUUAUUCCACAGUUUUGGGGCAGAAAACAAAAAUUGGCAUUUACUCCAAAGACUGAUUAGGGAUUUUGCUAAUUUGUUAGUAAUGUGUGACUUGCAUCAUUCAAUACAAUUAAAUGCCAGGUUAUGUAUUGUAGGAGAAUUUGAAUGAUCUACAAAAUGGCUGAUUCUAGGAAUAUGGAGACUAUCCUACAGAGGAUUAAAGGUUAGAACUGGACAAAUGUUCUUAUUGUGAGCCAAGAUACUAAAAUGUUUUUUGCAUAAAUAGCAGAAAAAUGAGCAGUAGGGGAAAACUAUAUUGUUGUGUAGCCUUAUUUAGGUAUGGAAGGAGUGCGUACAUUUCAGAAAAGAUGUUGAAAUACUGGGUAAGGCACAGAAACACAGAUGAUUCAGCAGAAGGGAAAAGGUUGUGCAAGAGCUCAUAUUGUAUUACAUUAAGAAGACUGAUUAAUAUAUGUGUAUCUUGAAGAUGAAAAACUACCAAAAGCCUCUCUAUCCCAGCAGAGAAAGGCUGAACAAGAACCAGGAGCCUGAACCUGAAGUUAAUUUAAAAAAAAAAAAAUCACACAUUUUUAACAGGAAGAUUGCUCUUUCUCCCUCAUUAUAACAAACUAUUUGUGGAGGUAAAAAAUUCUCCCAUCUCUAUUUUCACAUCAAAAAAUGGUUGUACCUCUGGAGAAGGUAGCUUGUUUUAAUGUUACUGGGUUUGACAUAUUAGAACUUAAUGAAAUAUAAUGAUGUAAACUAACAGGAAAUCAUUUAUUGGCUCCUUCUGGCUUUAAACCUAUGAUUUAUUUAUAUGUAAUAUUUGUAGUAGUUUUUCAGCACUCAUGCAGUUGCCUUAAUUAUUGGAAUGUAUGCUGUCAGCUCACCCUACACAGCAAGGUUAUACAAGGUUAAAAAAAAA